GUGACACUUUGUACUAUUUAAACUCUCCAUUCUUGCUUCAUUUCCUCAUUCUUCAUUCCUCAUUCCUCAUUUGCAUUUGCAUUUCCAUAACAGUUUAUCAACUUUUAGAAAAACCAAACCAAAUCGACUUACAUUCAAAAACAGACUUUCAUCAUCAUCAUCAUGUCUGAUAACUUAUUAGCACCAAAACCAACCAAGGAUGGUUUAGAUCCUCAACUUCACGUACCUGGUUUCACUCCAAGUCAAACUCCUGAACCAAAUCAACGUCAUCACGUCGUUCAAAAUACUGCUGGAUAUGAAGAGGUGGUGUUUGAUGGAAAGAAAGCUCAAGCUUUAAGUGUGGAGGAGAUUGUCACUAAGAAUGGUUUUGUACCACAUAACUUGGUCCAUAAUGAAGUAGCUUGGUUCUACAACAACCUGGGCAUCGAUGAUCAGUACUUUCGUAUGGAAACAGCUGAAACUGUAGCUGAACAUGUCACGUCCCUCUACGGUGCUAAAAUUCUGGCUUGGUCUCGACAUCAAAAACAAUUAGAGAUCAAUCUAGAAAAAGAAACUGAAAAUAACGCGGUUUAUAUUCAUUCUUCUACUCCGGGUGUAUCAGAUCCUUCAACUAACUUUGAAGCUAGGAUUGACGAGAAGUUUUUGGAUAUUCCUGCCGAAGCGGGUUGUUUCAGAUUAGAAACUUAUAGAUCGGCUGGUAAUGUGGCUUCUAAUGUGGCUCAACAACUUCGUUGUUAUUUUGUCACCAAAUGUAACUUUAUCAACCCAUCUCCCAAGCCCAACACAGAGGAGCAUUCGGAUAUCCGCCAAGUCUCUGAUCAAACCUUUUUAUCAAAAGUUUCACCUAACACCUUGGAUAUUUAUCAAGCUGUGAUGAAAAACGCCAUCACGCGUACUGGUCCCGUGGUAGAAUGCUACGAAGUAGAAGGGAACGUACUCGAACGUCGAGUGGUGAUUGCUUACAGGCAUGGAAGUACCAAUCAUCUGUUCAGCGCUAUGAGUGACUUGUACCACUUCUAUGGCCUCUACAGUACUCGGAAGUAUGUUGAACGUUUUAGCAAUGGGAUGACCAUCAUUUCCAUUUAUUUGCACUCUCUUCGUGGUCCCCCGAUCGAAGCGGCCAUUGUUCAAGUGAUCCGAGAAGCUUCAUUAGUAUUCUGUCUACCAAGCAACCCAUUUUUCCAGCCUACCACCAAACAUGCAGUCCAAGAGGCUACAUAUGCAUACUGUGGUUCGAUUUUCUCCCAGCACUUCUUAAACCGACUUGGUCCAUCGUAUCUUGCUCUCAAGGGCUUGUUGAACGAAUCAGACCCAGUUCAAGCUGGUGUUUUGAAUGACAUCAAACGUCGUUUCAGAGAGGAGACUUUCACUCGUCAGAGUAUUUAUGAAGUCGUCUUAGCUUAUCCAGCCAUUAUUCGAUUGUUAUAUGUCAAUUUUGCUUUGGUUCACUAUAUCAGUGCACCCUCAGCACGACAGCAACUCAUGCCUACACUUUCAUACCAGCGUUUACAAACUGGAACACCCCUCACAGAUCAAGAGCUUUACACCAAAAUUCGAAAAGUAGCUUUGAACUCCCAUGACCUGCAGGUUUUGGAGAGUUUCCUAGUUUUCAACAAGCAUGUGUUGAAGACGAACUUUUACACUCCUACAAAGGUGGCAUUGUCGUUCAGACUAGACCCUACCUUCUUACCCGAAGCAGAAUACCCAAUGACACCAUAUGGAUUGAUCAUGGUCGUUGGAUCUGACUUUAGAGGUUUUCAUCUCAGAUUCAAAGAUGUAGCUAGAGGAGGGAUUCGAAUUAUUCGAUCAAGAAACAAAGAAAAUUAUUCGAUCAACCUUCGACAACAAUUCGAUGAGAAUUACAACUUGGCAUUCACUCAAUCCUUGAAGAAUUCAACAAUUCCAGAAGGAGGAGCUAAAGGAACUAUCUUACCUGAGUUAGAUGCGAAUCCAAGAGCUUGUUUUGAAAAAUAUGUGGAUGGUAUUCUGGAUCUGUUGAUUCUUGGUCAAUCACCUGGGAUCAAAGAACCGAUUGUAGAUUUAUAUAAUCGUCCAGAGGCAUUGUUCUUUGGUCCUGAUGAGGGUACAGCUGAUAUGAUGGAUUGGGCAGCUUUACAUGCUCGUGAGAGAGGUUAUGGACAGUGGAAGAGUUUUACUACCGGUAAGAGUGCUGGCUUGUUGGGUGGAAUUCCCCAUGAUGCUUUUGGUAUGACUAGUUUGUCAGUAAGACAGUUUAUUGUCGGAAUUUAUCGCUCGCUUGGGCUUAAGGAGAGCGAAGUGACCAAGAUUCAGACUGGGGGUCCAGAUGGGGAUCUAGGAUCAAACGAGAUCCUGUUAUCCAAAGAUAAGACUAUCACGAUCAUUGAUGGAAGUGGAGUGAUCCACGAUCCACAUGGAUUAGAUCGACCAGAAUUGAUCCGACUAGCCCAAGAACGAAAGAUGGUCUCAAACUUUGAUAAGGCGAAACUGGGUAAAGAAGGAUAUUUCAUCUCAGUAGAUGAUAACGAUCGAACCUUGCCUAGCGGAGAAGUGAUUCCAGAUGGAACUGCCUUUAGGAAUGAAGCUCAUUUCCGUUACAAGGCUGAUAUCUUUGUUCCAUGUGGUGGUCGACCUGAAGCUAUUAAUGUUGGGAACGUAGCUAGGAUGUGGGAUGCUGAAGGAAAAUGUAAUGUGAAAUAUAUUGUGGAGGGUGCCAAUCUUUUCAUUACUCAACAAGCUAGAUUGGUACUAGAGAAGAAAGGUGUGGUCUUGUUCAAAGAUGCGUCUGCUAAUAAAGGAGGAGUCACUUCUUCUUCAUUGGAGGUGUUGGUCGGAUUAGGAUUAAGUGAUACUGAGUAUAUUGAACUCAUGACAUCACAGAACUCACCAGGCUUCUCAGAAUUUUAUACGAAUUAUGUUCGAGAUAUUCAAAGAACAAUCACCAUGAAUGGAGCAGCUGAAUUUCAAUGUAUUUGGAAAGAAUCCAUAGAUGGAACCAAACCAAGAGCAGUGAUUACAGAUGAGAUUGGAAAGAUCUUGAUGAAAUUACAAACUCAAUUAGAAGAAUCGGAUUUAUUUGAAAAUCUUGAAUCACGUAAAUCGGUUUUGAUUCAAGCUAUGCCUAAAACGUUGAUUUCGAAAGUCGGAUUAGAAGUCUUGAUGGAAAGAUUACCGGAAGCUUAUCAACGUAGUGUUUUUGCUAGUUUUGUGGCGUAUCGAUAUAUUUUCCAAUAUGGGCUUUCAGCUUCAGCUGUUGAUUUUUUCCAUUUCUUUUCAAGGUUUAGGCAAGGUGGUGUGAUUACUCAAGAGUAAAGAGUGAGAAAUGAUUUGAAUGAAAAGGUGAUUCAAGUCAAAAUGGGAAAACCAAAUCAAUCUUGGGAACAAAGAACAACUUGAAGGGAUUUUGAAUGAUCAGUUUUUUUUUCAAAGAUAUGAGGUUAACCUUCAAGGAAAGGAUUUUGGUUUUAUAAUUGUGAUGUAUGUUAUUGAUGAGAAUAUAAAUUGUUUGAUGGAAUUUUCCUUUUUUUCUUUGUAUCUGUGUCUCUUUUUUUUCUUUUUUUUUGAAAUUGAUGAGUAUGUUCAUGUGAUAAGAAAAAAUUGAUUUAUGAAUUGAGAAACUCAAUUGAAGGGUUUUUGUGAAAAGAAUGUAUUUUUUUUGUGGUUUGUUUGGUUUUUUUGGAGUUUGGAUUUAGAAUUCAAAACCUUAUGGUUGUUUGUUGCG